GCGGGGACACACUGGCUAUAAAACGUGCAGCUGGGCUCACACUCAGCACCCUGGGAUCAUCCUGCUCCAGUGCUGCCCAUCACGAGGCCAUGAAGCUCCUGGUGCUCCUUGUCUGCCUUGCAGGGCUGGCCCCUGCGGGCUGCAACGUGGCUCAGUUUGGUUCCAUGAUUAAAGAGAAGACUGGGAAGUCUGCUCUGUCCUACAACGGCUACGGCUGCCACUGCGGACUUGGGGGAUCCAAGAGGCCGGUGGAUCCAACCGACUGGUGCUGCCAUGCCCACGACUGCUGCUACAAGAAGCUGUCAUCCCUGACCUGCGUUCCCCACCUCGUCCUUUACAAAUUCUCCAUGAAGGGAGGCCAGAUCACAUGCGGAUCUGGGACUUCGUGCCAAAAAGGUGCCUGUGAGUGUGACAAGGCAGCAGCAGAGUGUUUCAAGAGGAACCUCAAGACCUUCAACAAAAGCUACCAGAAUUAUUUAAACUUCAAGUGCAAGGGCUCACUUCCCUCUUGCUAGAGAUGCCACACUCGAAACCUGAUGGAAAUGCUCUAAACUGAGAUUCUCUUCCUGCAGUGAGAUGGAGCAAGGCACAACUCCAGACCCACUCCAUCAAAAAGGCACUUGGAACCUCUCCACCAAGCCUGCCAGACCCUGAAUUGAUGUACAAGAAAAGCCUGCUCCUCAGAAUUAAAUAAAUCAAAAAAUCUUUGCAAAUAAAAAUAAUUUUCCAAGACAA